AUGAGCUGGAUGAGGGUGUCGAAGACACUCGCAGCCCUGCUGCUGGCAUGGUCGCCGUGCGCGGUCGGAGGGACUUGUCCACUAUCAGGUUCCCGUGCAUCUCCAGCCAACAUCUUGCCACCAAAUGCAGAGCCAGAAAGUGGUUCGGUGCUAAUGUUGUACAAGGGCUGGAACGUCAGCAACCUCUCCAUCGAGCGCAUCGAGGAGACAGAGGAGACUUCCGGCUACUUGAGUCUGGUUUUUGACGGGCCGGAGGGCGGUGGUUCAUUGCAGGCUGGCGAGAGCUUCUCAGACAUGGACGAAUACGUACUUCGUCGGAUUCGCAUCUCCAUGCCGAGCGAGCACACGUUGCUCAACCGACGUCUGCCUUUGGAGGUGCAACUUUGGCACGAGCCGGCAGUUCAUCGGGAUAUCAGCCGGCUGAUCACAGCGCGAGCGAAGGUGCAGCAGAUGCUGCGAAGGUUCCACGGCCUCAUCCGCGACUGGCAGUUUCAACUCAAGCGCCAAGAGGAUCCCUCCGCAACGAACGCUUCCUUUCCGAACUUGCAGACCGAAAGAGACUGGGCCGAGGCUGUGCGACGUGACAGCAUUCAGGAUGGGGAGGCGUUAAUGCAGCAUGCUAGCCAGCUGCGCCGUCAGAUCGCCAAGAUUGAUGAAGAGGUCGAGGUGCUGAACGAAAGGCUGCAACGGCCACAGUCGGCACGCAUGGUCGCACUCUCGCUUCUGUAUGCUGCGCCGCAUGAUGCAGUGUUCGCCGCUUCGGGCCACUUCCUACGUUGGCUUACCUUGGCCAUCAAGCGCAACGAGGAGCGACCACGGCCAGCAAAACGCAACAAAGCAGCAUUGCAAGCUGAAGUUCAGCAACUCCAGCAGCGCCUUCACGAAAUGCAAGCGGAAAAGAAGGACGAAUUGGAUGGCCGAGGGGAGGAGCGUCAACUGCAGACCCGUCAUGAUGCUCAAACUCUCCAGGAUCAACCUCUUGAGGUUUUUCACUUCGAAGAGUUCCGUACUUUUGGCAAGGACUCAGUCAGAGCCCUUCCUUUGACAGCACUGGCAUACGAUGGCAGCUUCACCAGGCCGCCCUGCACUCCAGUUGUGCGCUGGUACCUUGUGAGCGAGCCACAAGCAGCUUCGGCCAAGGAUAUGUUGGGCUUGGCUGCAGUUGUGUUGGGCGACGCCCAGCACGGCCCGGGCCCGCCUUGCCAACGAGUCCAAGGCCUGGAGGUUUGCCACGAGAGCAUCAGUCCAUCUGAUGGAGUGUGGUGGAGCGGACCGAUCAAGCAAGUCCCUGAGUCUGGAACAAGAUUCCCCGACCAACUCAUGCACACAGUCUCGCUGGGGUUUGGCUCUUUCCACAAGCCCAAAGAGACACACCUCAGCUCGCAGCUGGUUUCACGUCUCCCGUGGCUUUAUGUACAAGCUUGCUGCGCUGUCCUCCUGCUCUGCUCCAUCGCCAUGCUGGGAGCCACAUGCUCCAUGUGGCAUGGGGGACGUGACAUCGGGGUGCUUCAAGGACCAUCCAGAUUUGCAGCCAUCGUCGUGGCCCAAAACAAGGAUAGCUUGCGACUAGUUAUCGGUUCCAUCUUGGCGGACCCAAUGAGCGAAGCCGGCAAUGCCUACAGCGGCGGCAUCAAGGACGGCUUAUUCCAUGGCAAAGGUACUCUGACCUAUGCAGGGAACGAGCGCUACGAGGGUGAGUGGGUCUAUGGCAAGAGGGAAGGCCAUGGCAGGUUUACGUAUGCGGAUGGUGCCAUCUUUGAGGGUCAAUGGGCAGAGGACAGGAUACACGGCCAGGGCGUGGCUGUCUUCGCAUCGGGAAAUCGCUAUGAGGGCACAUGGGAGAAUGGCCGCAUACACGGGCACGGAACUUUGACCUACUCCAACAAAGACCAGUACGAUGGCGACUGGCACGAUGGCAAAAUGCAUGGGCGAGGCACCUACCGCUAUGCAGAAGGUGAUGUGUAUCAGGGUGAGUGGCGGGAUGAUAAACGACACGGGAAGGGGGUAGUCACCUACGUCAGUGCACGAGGUAGCGUCGUUGAGAAGUUUGAGGGUGACUGGGUCAAUGGGAAGAUGCAUGGUCACGGCAAGUACCAGUAUGCUGAUGGUGGAGUGUACGAGGGUGACUGGCAUGACGGCAAAAUGCAUGGUAAGGGCAUCUAUGUCUUCCCGAACGGGAACACGUACGAUGGUGAGUGGGUGAAUGACAUGAAGGAAGGCUAUGGUACGUUGACUUACCAAAACGGGGAGAAGUAUGAUGGCCUUUGGAAAGCUGACAAGGUGCAUGGCAAGGGCACCCUUGUCUACACUUAUGGAGACAAGUUUGUUGGUGACUGGGUUGACGCCAAGAAAGAAGGUGAGGGUGAACUCAUUUACUCUAAUGGCGAUCGGUUCAAAGGUCAAUGGGUUGAUGACAGAGCCUCCGGAUACGGGGUGUUCGUUUAUUCCAAUGGCAAUCGCUACGAUGGCCAGUGGCUAGAUGACAAGCGUCACGGCAGGGGCGUCUUCGCAUGUGCUGAGGAUGGAUCAGUCUACGAUGGAGAGUUUGCAUUUGGAAGGAAAGAAGGCCGAGGUGUGCUCAAACUGCAAAGUGGGCACGUUCUAAGCGGUGUCUGGAAGCAAGGAGAGCUCGCCCAGGUGGUGGAGUUCGUCUUUUCGGCGGACUCGCCCUGGAAGUGCAUAGAGCUGUCCGACGAUGCAUGGCGCACUGCAGGCUUGUACUUGAGGUUGAGAAGCUUUGGGCAACAGUGGAAUGACGUGUCCCGAGCUUUGAUUCUCAGCCCUGCAAUCGUGUCGAGCAGGGCUUCCUUCAUUGCCGGUAACACCUGUUGCCCGGUCUAUGUGCCCAGCACUCAUUUCGUCUCGCUGUCGUUGGGCUUCAGGCAAACAUUGGAUACGGAUGCUGAAGGCGGGACACAGCAGACCUGCGCUGUUUUCGGAGGCCGACUAAAUGGCUUUCUUCACGUCAUGAGAAUGGCGUACGAGGGUCUCCACAAGUUCCGCGAGCUCCUGUCCGUGGACACCCAGGCAACAUCUCCGCUGCCGGUGUUAGCUUCCCGAACCUACAUACAAUGCAAGGUCUUCACGACAGUGUCCGUUUCGGGACGCUUGCUGGAUGGAAAACCAAAACUGCAGAGUUCUACCUUGGAAGACACCGCAAUGGCUGAAAAAGAGAAGAAGGACAAGAAAGAGAAGAAGGAAAAGGAUCCAAAGGACAAGAAGGAGAAAAAGGAGGAGAAAGAUGACAAAAAAGAUAAGAAGGAGAAGAAGGAGAAGCGACGAGAUGAAGGUGGUCUAGACUUGUGGGCAUCCACAGUGGACAACACGGGCACCUUCGCCGGAGCCAAUUAUGGCGGCCCCAAGGCGCCACAAGACAAGCGCGAAAAGGAGAUAGCGAAGGAGAAGGAGAUCAAGAAGGAUGCAGAGACGAAGAGCUUGAUCGGAGUGAGCGACGUGAUCUCUGCAACACUCAAGAAGCAGCACGAGGCCAAGAAAGAGGAAGCCAGGAAGGAAGCCGAAAAACGGAACAAGGCAAUAAAGGCAGCUCGAAAAGAGCAAGAGACCAAAGAUGAAGCAGACGACACGUACCAAAUUAUGGACAAGAGUGGCCUUGGAAAUUUCAUGGAAAAGACGGAAGUUAUGGACAUCAUGAAGAACACGGUUAAAACAGCUGUUUCGCAAUCGGGGUCACGAUGCCAGGUGUCAACGAGAACCUUCAUGGACGAGAAGCUCUACACCAAUGCACAAGCCAAAUUCGAGUCACUGGGUGAUCUGAAGGCUGUCAAAGGCUUCAUCUUCAUCCGUGGUCCCAAGGAGGAGCCAGGAGUCAAGCUGACUCUGCUUCGACCUGCGACCGUGUACGUGGCAUUGAGCAAGGCUCCAAACGAGGAUGACCCAUUUCUGAGGACCUGGCAGGUGUUGGGUUCGGACUUCAAUCUGCCUGAGUUCUCCGAAGAUAUCGCGCCUAUACACGAGGUCAAGAAGAAGGUCUACCGUGACCCAGACAAUAGAAACAUUGAAGUUCCGAAGCCGCCUUCUGGGCUGGAAACUUGCUUGGUUUUUGUCAUUCCAGACUUUCAUGCAGAGAUGUUUGGAGAGGAGAAGUUGUCAGAAGAGGAACUUCAAGAGAAGGAGCGAGCAGAAGCUGCAGCCAGGCGGGCUGGAAGAUCUACCGCAUCCAGUUCAGCCAAGGAAGCACCAUCCAAGGCUGAUGAAAUCGAGGCAAUCCUCAAGAAGGUGGAAGCAGGUGAGAAGUUGUCGAACAAGGAGAAGAGGGCUUACGACAAGCAUCAAGAGAAGAAUGUCGUGUACAAGAACGAGGAUGAUGAACCUGUCGGUGGAAUGAAUGCCUUUAGCAUCAUCCUUGAGGGUGGCAAGAACGAGCCUCCGCCUUCUGGCGAUGCUUUCGUCUGCAACAAUUUCACGCUCUCGGCGCCGAAACAGACUUUGUUCGACAACGCCAGCAUCACCAUCGUUCAAGGCCACCGCUAUGGCAUCCUCGGACCGAAUGGUCAGGGAAAGACCACGUUGCUGCGGCACAUCGCUGCGCGUGAGAUGCCCGUGCCGGUCAAUUGGGAUGUCAUUUUGGUGGAACAGGAAGCUAAAGCAACGGAGCGGUCUGCAGUUGAAGAAGUGCUGGCAGCGGACGUCAGGGCGGCGGAGCUGAUCAAGUUAGAAGAAGAGCUGCUUCAGAAGCUAGAGGACAUGGAGACAGCCAUGGAGAAGGGAGAGGAGGUCUCCGCAGAUGAAGUGGAAAGGAUGCGCUCCGAGCUCGAGAACGCCUCUGCUGAGCUUGAGGCCAUCGGUGCAGAUUCUGCAGAAGCUAGAGUUCGAAAGAUUUUGUGUGGCUUGGGGUUCACAAACGGCCAUCCAGAUGAAGACCGGUUUUCAAUGGACAGGCCUGUGGUGCAGUUUUCGGGAGGAUGGCGAAUGAGAAUCAGUUUAGCGAAGGCGCUGUUCCUGCAGCCAAAGCUGCUGAUGCUAGACGAGCCAACAAAUCACUUGGAUUUGGAUGCAGUUUUGUGGCUGGACACCUACCUGUCCGAGCACUAUCCCCACUCUGUGGUCGUUGUGUCGCACGAUGCCGACUUCCUCGAUAGCAUUUGUACAGACAUCUUGCAUUUGGAGGACAGAAAGCUGGUGCACUACCGGGGCGAUUACACAGCUUUCAAGAAGAUGCACCUGCAGAAGCGGGCGACGUUGGACAAAGAGUAUAAGAAGCAGCAGGACGAGCUCAAGGCUUUGAAGAAGAAAGGCAAGACAAAGGAUGAGGCUGAAGCUCUUGUGAAGAACAAGUUCGGAAUUGAUGCCCUCGAUGGACUCAUGGAAAAGCACAAGGAUUACGUUGUGAAAUUCAAGUUUGAGGGCCAUGGAAUGGACAGAUCACUGGGACUCAAUGUUUCAGAAGUGGCUUUCAGCUACAACGGGAAGGAGCCAUGGCUGCUUGAAGAAGUAGAAAUCGGCGUGGAUUGUGGAUCGCGCAUUGCAAUCGUUGGCCCGAAUGGAGCUGGAAAGUCUACGCUCCUUAACCUGAUGAUGCAACACCUUGAGCCCUGCGCUGGCGAUGUUGCAGUAUCCAAGGGGAUUCGUAUCCGUCAGUACCACCAGCACUUUGAAGAGCUUUUGCCAUUAGAUAAGACUGGUAUCGAGUACCUUACGGACGAGUUUAAUCUUGGCCCACCGGAGAAAGCCCGAGCUGUGCUAGGACAGUUUGGGCUGCCAGGAAGCUCCCACUUCACAAAGAUUGGAAAUUUGUCUGGAGGCCAGAAAGCUCGUGUAGCUUUUGCUGCGCUGAUGCUGAUGAAGCCUCACAUCAUUAUCUUGGAUGAGCCGACGAACCAUCUGGACAUUGAAUCUGUUGAAGCAUUAACGACAGCUAUCGCCAACUUCAAUGGUGGCCUGGUGUUGGUGAGCCAUGAUGCCAGGCUCAUCACGGAAGUUGACUGUGAGCUGUGGGUCUGUGAGGAUGGCGGUUGCUAUCGAUUCGAAAAGGACUUUGAUGGAUACAGGGACAAGGUCCUGCACCAGCUGGAAGAACGGCAAGCUGAAGUGGAGCGGAUGGAACAGAAACGUCGCGAAGAACGAGCGAAGAAGCGUGCGAAGCACGUCUCAGAAGAGCAGCUCAGAGCCGCCAAAGACCGCAAGCAGGCGGCACAGGCGAAAUCCGACUCCAAGGAUGCCAAGAAAGAAGCGGAUUGA